UCUUGAAAACUAAGAAAAUGCUUUGCAGCUUGCCAUUUUCUUACCCAACACUUCAAUGGCGCCCCUGAAGAAACUCUUGCAUAUCUCGCUUCUCGUGCUAAUAUGCGCAUCCAAGGUGAGCAACACGGAAGCGGAAGCGGAAGCGGAAGCACUUGUCGGAUGGAAGUCCACUUUGGUUGGCGCCAACUCGCUGUCCUCAUGGUCAACUACGAAUUCCACCUGCUCAUGGUUUGGCGUCUCCUGUGAUGCUGCCGGACAUGUUACGGAGCUCAGCCUUCCCAACGCCGGCCUCAACGGUACGCUCGAUUACUUGUAUUCGGCGGCGUUCUUGAACCUCACCAAGAUCAAACUCAACAACAACAAUUUUGUUGGCGCCAUCCCAGCAAACAUAUCCAAGUUGCUCACGCUCACUUAUCUGGACUUGGGCAGCAACAAUCUUGCUGGUGCCAUCCCCUACCAACUCAGCAACCUACCAAUGAUUGCCAGGUUUAAUCUGGCAAAUAACCACUUGACUAACCUGGAAAACAGCAAGUCCUCACCCAUGUCCAGUUUGAAGAUGUUGUCGCUAGCUAAUAAUGAUCUCAGUGGUACCUUCCCACAAUUCAUCCUCAACUGCACCAAUUUGAGGAUGAGAUCCCUCGAUUUAUCGGGCAACGCCUUCUCAGGGCCAUUACCAGAUUCACUGCCGGAGAUGGCCCCAAGGUUGAGGUAUCUAAAUCUGUCCGUUAAUGGAUUCUAUGGUUCCAUACCUCGCUCAUUCUCGAGGCUCCAAAAGCUCGAGGAGCUAAUUCUCAGGAGAAAUAAUCUGACAGGAGGAAUCCCACCAGAACUGGGGAUGAUAUCUGGGUUGCGAAUCCUUUCACUAGGCAGCAACCCACUUGGUGGGUCCAUCCCAACCUCACUCGGGCAGCUUCAGUUGCUACAGUUGCUCAGAAUCAGAAACGCCAGUCUGGGUUCUACUCUUCCACCCGAGCUGGGGAACCUUACUAGUCUUAAGUACCUCGAGCUGGGUGAGAAUCAGUUACAUGGAGGUUUGCCACCAUCUUUUGCCAGGAUACAAACAUUGUUAUUUUUUGCAAUGCCUGGAAAUAAUAUUAAUGGUACCAUCCCGACAGAGAUGUUCACAAACUGUACCAAGCUCGAGUAUUUUGAUGUAUCCAGAAACUUGUUUACUGGAAGCAGCCCAUCGCAUAUCAGCAAGUGCAAGAAGCUCAAAGUUUUUGUUGUAUCGAGAAACUUUUUAACUGGAAGCAUCCCAUCGCAUAUCAGUGAGUGCAAGGAGCUCGUCUAUUUUGAUGUAUCCGAAAACUUGCUCGCUGGAAGCAUCCCGGUGGGGAUAGGGAGCAUGCGAAAAUUGCAAGCAUUGUUUUUGUCCAAAAAUCAUGUUGCUGGAAAUAUGCCAUCAGAUAUUGGUAAUGCAACAUCUUUGCAAUUCCUUGACGUCGGCUCCAACCAUCUACAGGGUGAGCUUCCUAAAACUAUAUCAUUGCUGGUAAAUCUUGUUGCUCUCGACUUGUCUGGCAACAAGUUUACAGGUAUCAUCUCUAAUCAUGGCAGCAGGCAGUUGCCAGUUGUCAAGGUUGCCAAUAGUACAGACAGUAGCAGCUUCUCGGGAGAAUCACGGUCUGUCUUUUGUGGAUUAACACUUCUGCAGCUCUUGGACCUAUCAAACAAUGAGCUGUUUGGAGAUCUUCCUGGUUGCUUAUGGAAUUUGAAAGAUUUACAAACCUUGGAUUUGUCAGGCAAUGCUUUUGAUGGGGAAGUUCCAAGCUCAACUUUCUAUAACUCUUCCCUAAGGUCACUGCACUUGUCAAGCAAUAACUUCACAGGUUGCUUUCCAGUGGUGUUAAAGAACUUCAAAUACCUUGUUGUUUUGGAUCUCGGAGACAAUAAGAUUUCUGACGUAAUUCCCCCAUGGAUAGGGGAAAUCAGUCCUUCGUUGAGGAUUCUCAGCCUGAGAUCAAACAUGUUCUACGGAAGUAUUCCUUCGCAGCUAACACAAUUGCCCCAUCUCCAACUGCUUGAUCUUGCUGAAAAUAAAUUAGUAGGUUCCAUACCAGAAAGUUUCGUCGACUUCUCCUUGAUGAGACACACAUUUGUAAUGCAACCGUCUGUAACAAUUGACAUACCUAAAUGGUAUUUUUACAAUGGCAGCAUGGCCAUAAUUUGGAAGGGGCGGGAGUACACCUUUAAGGGAAGACAUGCAUUUGUGACUGGUAUUGAUCUAUCUGGUGAGAUCCCUUCAGGGCUGACAAGUCUCAGAGGCAUGCAGUUACUAAAUAUGUCAAGAAAUAAUUUGACUGGUUAUAUCCCAAAGGAUAUUGGCAAUCUAAAUUUGUUAGAAUCCCUUGACCUUUCUUGGAACAAACUAUCAGGUCCUAUUCCUCCUAGUGUCUCAAACUUGAUGUUCCUCACCACUCUUAAUCUCAACAACAACCUUCUGUCUGGAGAGAUACCUACAGGCAGUCAGCUCCAAACACUCGAGGACCCAUCGAUCUACGGCAAUAAUCUGGGACUUUGUGGCCCUCCAUUAUGCACUCCGUGCACAAAAAAUUCGAGUAGUACUACACCACCUGUGGAUGGCGACCAUGAACAUGAAGCGGUGUGGAUGUACUACUCGGUGAUUGCUGGAACUGUCUUGGGUUUCUGGGUAUGGUUUGGAGCAUUGUUCUUCUGCAAGAUCUGGCGGUUUGCAUUCUUCAAUUGCAUCGAUGCCAUGCAGAGGAUGGUUGUGCACAAGAUGGAGCGUACCUCCUGACUACUGUAUUUAUGACACUUAUCUGCUUCCCACUAUAGAAGCUGCAGCUCUUUGUUUUCCUCACCAAUAAUCUGCAAGUAUAUGUGCUUGUAGUGUCAUAGAUUGGAUUGUAAUGGUGAUCAACGUCCAACAGAGUUGUAUUGGUUUUUA